CACACACACACACACACACACACACACACAACACGACUCUGGUUUGAGAAUAGAAGGUUCCACUUCUACUCCCCCCAUUCAUGGCGGAUGAACUCAGUAACAACGAUAAAAUCACCCUCGACACAGCUAAAUCCGACCGAUCUAUUUGGCUUAUGAAGUGCCCUCCCGUUGUUUCCAAGGCGUGGAAGUCCGCCGCCGCCGAGUCGCCGCCCGUGGCUAAAGUUGUCGUCUCACUUGAUCCCCUCCGUCCUGAAGAACCAUCCUCUCUCCAGUUUACGAUGGAGAUGGCUGGAAGUGAAAUUGUGCAGAUGCCGAAGAGUUUCUCUCUCAACAUGUUUAAAGAUUUCGUUCCCAUGACUGUUUUCUCCGAGACCAAUCACGGAAGUGUUGCGCUCGAAGGGAAAGUGGAACACAAAUUCGAUAUGAAGCCCCAUCACCAGAACAUUGAAGAGUACAGAAGAAUGUGUCGGGAAAGGACAAAUAAAUCCAUGGUCAAAAACAGACAAAUUCAGGUGCUCGAUAAUGAUCGCGGCGUGCACAUGAGGCCCAUGCCUGGAAUGAUGGGCAUGAUUUCAUCCACUUCCAAGGACAAGAAGAAAGCAGCAGCUCCUCCGAUCAAGGGACCCGAUGUGAAAAGAACUAGAAGGGACCGAGGGGAGCUCGAAGAUAUAAUGUUUAAACUUUUCGAAAAGCAAACUAAUUGGUCACUCAAGCAGCUCGUUCAAGAAACCGAUCAACCCGCUCAAUUUUUGAAAGAGAUAUUGAACGAGCUGUGCGUGUACAAUAAACGAGGAGCAAACCAAGGAACAUACGAGCUCAAACCAGAGUACAAGAAAUCGGCCGAGGAAACAGCUGCCGAGUAAUCGUAUCUUUGCCCUAACUAAUAUUAGGUUACAGCUAGAGUAAUAAACGAGGCCCCUUGUUUUAAUGUUGCACACCGUUUCUUUACGAUGUUUAUCAAACUCGAUAAAAGGAACAUAGUAGUGCAUAGUUGAUCAUAUGUGUUUUUUGGAUCAGAUUCCAGAAAACCAUUUAUUUAGAUAUAAUACUAAUUAGAGAUAGAUUUAUUGGCUAAUUAUGCGUGUGGUCUUGCUAUGUUAAUUAACAUUGUUUGAAUUAGGGUUAAUUAAAGAUAUAUGGAAGUAUACAGUCUAGUGUGUAGUUGGUAAGAAAA